GAGGCGGUGAGAGGGCGGGCGGGCGCUCCCGAGCUCCUGUCAGCAGCGAGCGCGGCCCAGCCGGGCGGCCUGGGUGACGGCCGUUGCCUCACGCGUGGUGGCGCGGCCCUCCGGCGGCCGUGCGGGACGGCGGGAGCCGGCGGCGGGAUGUGCUCCGCCGGGGAGCUGCUGCGGGGCGGCGGCGGCAGCGACGGCGGCAGCGGCGGGGAGCGCGACGAGGACGGGGCAGCGGAGCCCGAGCCGGAGCCGGAGCCCGGGGCGAGCGGGCGGGCGCGGGCGGAGCGCGAGCAGGAUAUUGAAGAAUCACAAAACCACACUGCUGAGCCUGUUGCAGAUGAUUACAAAAAGAUGGGAACACUUUUUGGCGAACUGAACAAAAAUCUCCUCAACAUGGGCUUCACAAGGAUGUAUUUUGGAGAGCUAAUUGUGGAGCCAGUAGUGGUCAUUUUCUUUUGGCUGAUGCUUUGGUUCCUUGGCCUACAAGCCCUUGGACUAGUGGCUAUGCUGUGCAUUGUCAUUAUUUGUGUUCAGCAGUAAAACGUGGUCAACUGAAUUGCUGGACAUUUGGUAGCAGUGUGUGUAACAGAUGAAGUUAUAUGUUUCGGCUUUUUGAAAGCCAAAAAUGUUUGACUUGAUUCAGAAUGUGUGGCUGGCUGUUUUAUAAUUAAAUUUCUAAGUGACUGUUGUUCACAACAAAACUAAACUCUUGGUUAUGACAAAGUUGGACACAUAUUUUGAAUAUACAUAGCUUUUUCAAAACCCUUGUUUCGCUCCUAUGAUCUGUACCCACUUUUAGACACCUCUGACACUCUGCUACAUCUUAAUUAACACUACCAGACAGCAGGGGAAAUAAUACAUGAAGUUCAAGUCAAGCAAUAUAGUUUUUAUAAAGAGUUCAAUAAAACAUUUUAGAAGAAAAAGGAAAUGAGCUUGAAAGUUUUAAUUUGAAAGCUGCACCACCUCCAACUUCAUCAGAUAAUUCUGUUAUUUGAGGAAUACUUGUAUUGGUAUUGUCCUUGCUCAGCCCAAGCCAAGAUUAAAUGAUAGUUAUCAUACACUACCUUAAUUAGUGGUAAAAAUGAACAAAGCUAGCACAUUUUCUAAAGAUUGAAAAGAAUAUGUUUAUUAUUGCUGGGGAAAGUUCUCAGGCUAAAUACUCUUUCUUAAUAGCAUAAUGCCUGGCCCUAGAGUUUCUUCAGUAUAUCAUUUGAGGUUGUAGACAGUUUUGGUGCUAAUUACUUUUUGUGAGUGUUUGAAGUCUCAUCAGCCAAGCCCAUAGCUGGCUGUACCCCAUGGUAAUACAUAGUUUGUUGUAUCCAACAAGUUGCAGAUUUUUCUUAGACAUUUUCAGUGUAUUUUUUUCAAAAAUUUAUAAUUUUAUACUUUUUUAUAACAAUUGUUCUAAGAUUUAAAACUAUAUAUUUACUAUCUUAACAUGAAUCCCCCCCCCGAAACUGAUCUAUAAUUUAUAGGUAUUCUAAGAAAAACUUUCAGGUCACUUUUCUUUGAUAUCUGUAUUGGAAAGUAUAGUAGUAUAAUACAAAAUCAGAUCCUUAAAUUUGACACUUAACAGCCAAUUAUAAUAUUCUUCCAAAUCUAAAGCCAAAUCACUAAGUACUUGGCUGCCAUGUUAUAAAUGUGUAUUAAUUUAGCAGUGUGAGAUUUUAUUUAAGUAUAUUUUGAAAAUAGAAUAUGACUUUAGUGAUAUUUUUGAUUUUCCUAGAGAACCUAAAAUCUUUACACUUUCAAGAACAAAAGAAUGGUAGUUAAGGUAAUUAUCUAGAAGUCUGAGUACCUAGGCAGUGGGCAUUUUCAUUUUGGGUGUGGCAAUAACCAAAACCUGUAAGAGUGUUUGCUGUUCCACUCUGUAAAGUUUCUGACCAAUCUAGUUUUAAAAAUUUAUUCUGCGAGUUCUUACCAUCUUUUAUGCUGAAAGAAAAUCUUUAAAAGGAAAACAUUUAGUUUAGAUUUCUAAAAUCAGACAACUCUAAACAAUACCAAUCAGGGACAGAAAGAAGCAUUUUACAUUUGUAUAAAUACAGAUCUUUUAAAAUUUGACUUCUGAAAAACAAAACGCUUUGUACUGUAUUAUUGUGUUUUUAUUAGGUUUACAAUAUUUUUAUAGCAAACUUAAUGAGCUUAGUGUAAGUGCGUUUGGAAAACGUUUUCAUUUGUAUACAGUACAUUUGCAAGAUUUUCAGUAGAUGUGAGAUUUUUUUGAUAUUUGCAUAAAAUAUUAAUAUGUGCAUUCUUUUAUAAAACUACCUGGACUUUUAAUUUCCCUUAGGAAUGCAAAACAAUGUAGUAUAAUAAUAACCACUCUGGGUCCACCAGCACCUGUGGUUGCCUGCUGUACGCGAGUUCCCAUGUCAUUCAGUCCGAUGUGCGGACUGUGCCUCUGCGCACUGGUGUUUAAUGGGGUGUUAUUAGAUUAGAGAGAGAAAUGGGGAGUGUGCUGCUGCUCUCCUUUCUACCUGUGUCGUUGGUUUAUGCAGUAUGCCAUCAAAUCUUUUGGUCUCAUGUAGGAGAAAAUUACGUUUAUUUGAGGAAGAUUAAAUAUUUUCUUUAAAGAAAUAUAUUACACUAUAGAAUGUACAAAUGUCUUGACAUGAAACUUAAUUUCUUUGGUUCAUGGUAUAAGAAAUUAGAUUGAAAAUUAUUCUUAGUUAUUUCAACCUCAAAUCUAAGCCAGAGAAACUGUUAAAUGCCAAAAAGAAACAGAAGAUGGGAUACAAAGGUUAUUAGAUAAUUAAUGUGUACUUCGCCCAGAGGAAAGGGUCAGAUCUGUGAAUACUGAAUACAGUGGCUACAUGAGAAAAUCAACCUCCCAUUACUGUAAACCUGCUCAGUGCCCGUCCUGGUGAGCUUGAUCCAUGCUGAGCCCCGGGGCCCUGGCCGGGGGCUGGACUGGCCUGCGGCCCGCUGUGCAGCUUCAGCCCUCAGUGACACCAGGUCUGCAGCUUAUCCGGCGGGGUGGGGUGAGCACAGCAAGCAGACCUGCAGCCCUGGCUGCUUCCCGGUGCCUUCUUCAUGCCUGUGGACAGGAAAGAGAACCAGAAGGGAUGUCGUGGUGUGAAAGACACGCGUGUGCGUGUCUCCCUGCUGACCCUGCAGAGCCAUGGCUCCCUUCGGGAGCAUCUCCUUUCAUCCGCUGAUCCCAGAGCAAACCCUGGCCUGCUUGGGGAGCUGGAACGGCACUGAGGGUGCGGUGUCCUGGAUGCAGACAGAGCUGGACACAGAAGCGGGCACUGGUACUCCGGCCAGGGUCCCCGGUCACUUAAGCCCAGAUUGCCGGGCACUGGGCAGUCGAGGGCGGCUAGUAGAUUAAAUUUUAAGUUAUUUUACAAAUGUUCAUUGAUUUCAAGUUAUUUAAAAUGAGCUCAAUUUCCAAUCUUGUUUUGAAAUUCUGUAUCACUUGUAUUUUUUUAUUCUCUAUAAAAUAAAAUGCUCUCAGUA